CGCAAUAAUUCUUCUAGGUGCGAGGAAUGUGACAAUCACAUUCCUUGCAAAAAACAGAAGGCAAUCGACGAUUGAUAAGCAUCGUACAAUACCGUACAGCAGAGAAGAAUCAAUAAUCACUAGAUUCGGAGUGUACGGAAAAACGCGAAGAAGAACAUCACGAAACAUACCAGAACAAAAAAAAAUCCAUCAUCACGAAACAUCACAGAACAAAAAAAAAUCCAUCAAUUCUAUCGUCCAUUAACAUAGUUUCCAUCCUGAUUGCGUUCAGAUCAAGCUACAAUCACAAUCGUAGGAAUCAAUCCAUCAAUAUAAUCCAACCAUGCCGUAUGCUUGUAGUGCGAGCGAACCGAUUCCAUACGACGAGAAGGAUAGCUGCCAAUAUCCCCGCCAUGAUCACCAUCGAGACAUGGUUGAUGUUCACGAACCCUAUUCGGAUUGUGGCCAGGGCAAUAGCAUCAACCGGACGGAAGCCAUCCACCACCAACUCGUGGAGCAGUGGUUUCAGGCACGAUUCUUUGUACCACGCCCGGAUUGCUUCGACAGCAAGGAGUUCAAUCGCGGUGGCCACUACUCAAGCUUCAAACCAACCUUCCCGACGAGAAGACUGAAUCCGUCGUCUUUCGAGGAGGAUGACACCAACAAUAUCGUUGUAUCCUCCACGAGGAGCAGCCUUGCCUCUGCCGCCCAAUCAAUGGUGCUGUUCUCCGACAGCCUCGUCACGCAAGAAAUCCGAUCGGCCAUCAACACCGGUCACUACCACCAAUCAUCRUGCGCUUCGAACACCUCUUCCCUGAGCUACCGGUUCGCUUCUGACGACCACGGGGGCUUCCCGGGGUCGUCGUCUUCGGUAAGGGCAAAGGCCCUCGACAUUUUCGAGGACAGGUGUGGGCGCGCCCCACCACCGCCGGGGGUCGUGGUCGUCCUGGACGGAUCCCCCCUUUUCCCGAGCAUCGGUGAGCACAAAGCCGAUGACAAUGACCAGAACCAAGAGGCGGACCAGCCCAUCCAGAACAAGGUCAGCAAGGACGAGACCCAGCGCACCGCCGAUUCCACCAUUAUUGGGUUCGACGAAGACKACGACGAGGAGGACGACGACGAUUCAACCUCGUCCAUGAUGAGGAUUCUCAGGCGAACCUUUUCUUUCGACGAUCAAUUGCCAAUCAUUCACAACGGCCUCCAAACAGCGUCGUUCUGCAUGGCCAACAGUUCGACCGAAGACGAUAUUGAUCAUAUUGACGAAUGUCAAGGACGCAGCCACAAUCACCAAAAUUUUUAUUCACAGAAACAACUUUCGUUCACGAUUCCGAUCACUGCUUCAACAAACCACGAGGAYGGUGGCAACAAGACAAUCCAGCGUACCAACUUUUGGCACCACGUGUCUCCACUUCCAUGAACGAAUGAUACAUGUAUAACACUGUGGCUUUUACUGCYGCUACUUUUUGAAGCACAUGCACUUACAAAAUACCUGCAGGUAGACAGUUGAGCAAUAAUUCUUCUAUUCAUUCAAUACUGAUAUAUCUAUUUCCAUUGCACUGCAUACAAGACAGUAGAGGCUCAAAACAAUUACAGCAUCAUAAUCUAACAGACGAUUAUUAUUUGCUACUACACAUAAUGCCAUGAUAACAGCUCAAAAUCAAAUCCAUAUUUUACAUUGAAACCCAUWUAAGAUGUUCAUGUGAGUUACAUCCAUAAACUAUGGUCUGCUGU